AUGACUUCAAGUACGAGUGAUAUAGCAAAUUCGACACGAAUUCGACGUGGCAGCCGGGAAUCGGAACUUUACAGUGGUGUUGGUUUCAAUUCUCGUCCCACGGAUGGACCGCCGCCGCGGCCCUUCUCAGCCGCCCCCGACUGGGUGCCGCCCUCUACCUCGCCCCCACCACCACCUCCACCCCGGCAGCCACCGCCCCCGUCUUCUGCGGCGGAUCGACUAUUGACUGUCGCCGGCCGUGACGGCGCGGCGCCGCUGCGACCGCCGCCUGAGUUACGAUGCGCGCAGGAUUUACGAGUAGGCGGUAAAGAUUAUCUGGCAGGACCCGUGUCCACGCGGAGCGGCAGCGAGCCGGGGGCAUUGUCGGCGCCUAACUGCCGGCUGAUCCGGCUAUCACCUCGGGCUUACGCCGCCUUAACUGCACGGGCCCGGGGCCGCCGUGACCUCGGCGUCGUGCCGCCAGCCACGCAGCCAACAUGCGCAGCCUGCUGA